AUGACCCUCCCGUUGCUGCCCCAGGAUCUCACGGAGCGGUCGGUCGGCCUCGGUUCGUGGCACGUGGCUCAGCACGUGGCCGAGUGCCUGACCCUGGGCACCCUGGAGCCGCCGGCCUCCGUCGCGGAGGCGGUGUCGUCCCUGACCAUCGCCGACGCGUUCGUCGCGGCCGGCGAGAGCCUAGCCCCGCCGCCCCCGGCGCCCCGUCAGAGGUUCAUCUGCUCCUUCCCCGACUGCAGCGCCAAUUACAACAAGGCCUGGAAGCUAGACGCGCACCUGUGCAAGCACACGGGGGAGAGACCGUUUGUUUGUGACCAUGACGGGUGCAGCAAGACCUUCGUCAGGGACUGGCACCUCAGCCGCCACGCCCUGGUUCACACUGGAGAAAAGCCCUUUGUCUACUUUAAAGCAGUGGAUCUCAAAUUUGGGGUCCAUCAGAAUCACCUGGAGGGCUUGUUAAGUCACAGAUGGGAGCAGCCCUCCUGCUCAUCAGGAAGGACCAGUUGUACAGCUAGUGGCUGUGAUCAGAAAUUCAACACAAAAGCAAACUUGAAGAAACAUUUUGAACGCAAACAUGAAAACCAGCAAAAACAAUAUGUAUGCAGUUUUGAAGGUUGUAAGAAGGCCUUUAAGAAGCAUCAGCAGCUGAAAACCCAUCAGUGCCAGCACACCAACGAACCGCCCUUCAAGUGUACCCACGAAGGAUGUGGAAAACACUUUGCUUCCCCCAGCAGUCUGAAGCGACACGGGAAGGUCCACGAGGGCUAUAUGUGUCAAAAAGAAUGUUCUUUUGUGGCAAAAACAUGGACAGAGCUUCUGAAACAUGUGAGAGAAGCCCAUAAAGAGGACAUAACAUGUGACGUGUGCCAGAAGACGUUUAAGCGCAAGGAUUUCCUGAAGCAGCAUAUGAGAAUUCACGCCCCAGAGAGGGACAUGUGUCGGUGCCCCAGGGAAGGCUGCGGCCGCACCUACACCACCGUGUUCAACCUCCAGAGCCACAUCCUCUCGUUCCACGAGGAGUGGCGCCCGUUCGUGUGUGAGCACACCAGCUGCGGCAAGACAUUUGCCAUGAAGCAGAGCCUCAGCAGGCACGCCGUUGUGCAUGACCCUGACAAGAAAAAAAUGAAGCUCAAAGUGAGACCGUCUCAUGAAAAACGGAGUCUGGCCUCUCGGCUCAGUGGGUACAUCCCUCCUAAAAGGACAAAGAACCAGGGCGUGUCUUUGCCCAGAAAUGGGGAGACUGAACUGCCUUCUGAACUGCACUAAAGGCAAGGUGCCCUCCGCCGUGGCGACGCUGGCCCCAGCUACACGCCAGACUGCUUUGUUUGAAGGACCGCAGACCAGCCAGCUCAGUUAUUUUCUCUCAGAAGCACGUUUUUAUUAAAAUCACUGGUGCAGAGCAUUGGAUGCUC